UGUACGUACUAGGCCUACGUACUCUGUGUCUUUUCUCCCCCCUCUCUCUCCGGGAUUCAAGGAGAGUUGCGCCUGUCACGGUUUGCGGGGCGCCACCGAGUACUUGUUGGGAGCCCACCGGGUACUUGAGUUUUGUAAUAAUGAUCGCUUGUCACUGCGGACUUCCUCACAGAGAUGAAAAGUUCGAGACUCCGACGGUGUUAUCUUGAUCUUCGCGGGUGCAGUGUGUUGAUUUCUGAGUGACACAUCGGAAAGCGAUCUCGCUUGAGAAUAUUUUAUUUUCUUCCCGCCAACGUUCGUGUUUGGAUUUCUGAGUGAUUUACUGGGUGAUUUAUUGAGUGAUCUACGGUUUCUUCUGGUGCCGAUUUAUGGCGGAUUUUUCAACGGUUGACACAUCAAAUAGAAGGAAUAAGUGAAUUCAGAUCGCGAGAUUGAACGAACGUUUUGAGGAUGUAUACUAAAGGAAGAGAUGUUGGUGGAGGGGGAGGUCGGCCGAAUGAUGUGGAAAAACUCCAUUUACACAGAGAUGACUCGACAAUGACACAGUUAUGUGACUUGCAUGUGUACAAAGUGCCGACGCAGCUAUGGCGAGAAUCGCUCAACAACAUCCUCAACAAUGUCGUCACAGAGACGGUGUCUGUCGGCAUUAUCAGGGUACCGCUGGACCUCCGGCUGGCCCACAUCCGGGACGAGCUGGCGGAACAGCUGCAGCUGGAUGACGUCAGAGACUACGUAUUUCUCCGCAGUGUCGGCCGCAGUCUGACCAGGUUGAGAGGCAAGCAAGAAUACCAGCUGAAGGCCAAACAUUUCAUACCUCCGGUUGCCUACGCCCCAGAACUGUAUAUUCUUGAGGCCACUGCUGAGUUUCGUGACGCAAUGGCGAUGAGUGAGAGGAUGUCGCAGUCGCCUCCCUUGUCCCGCCGCACCUCCCCCUCUCACCGAGGUUACUACAGGAACGGAUACGGUGACUCAGAUACAGAGCGCGGCCACAAACCCCCCCACCCCCGGACCUCCCCCCCACCCCACAAAUACCCGGCCCUCCCACAGAUCGCCCCCGACACCGCCCACUUGCAUCCUUCUGACGAUAACGCGCGAAACGACCCGUACGGCCAAAGGCCAUCAACACAAGCACCGCAUGACCCCUACCACAGACAACACGAUCACAAACACGACCCGUACAAUAACAACACACAACAACAACAGCAACAGCAACAACAUCCGUACGCCGACCCUUACGGUAGCAACAUCAACACAGACACGUAUAGAAAAAGUCACGCGGACGGCGACCCCCACCAAUACUCGCGGAAAAACAUCGCGUACAGCGACGAGGACCUAGCCAAUGAGGCAUUCGGCAGGCCUCCCCCGCUACAGGACUACUUGUCCGACAAGACAGGCGCUCCUCGCGACGGACAGCCAGACACGCAGACUGCUACCCAAUCAUACCACGCCUCCGACCCUAUGCCCCGCCCCCUGGGCGAGCGAAGCCCCUCCCCCAGAAGUAAAGCCAGCCCUACUCGGUCAGCAGAAAAGGGCAGAGAGCGUCGUCAUGACGACGACAGCGGAGUGGCGGGACUGACGCCGGAGGAGGAGUACAACAGGAGGAAUAGGGAGGAAUACGAUAGCGUGAUGAGGAAGAGAGGAAACGGCAAGCUGAUAUAGACCGGAGGAAGCAAGAAGAAGAGGAGGAGGAAAGGAGGAGGCGGGAAGAAAGAGAAAAAAGGGAAGAAGAGGAGAGGAAAGCCAGAGAAGAAGAAAAUGAACGAUUUAGGAAGGACGAGGAAGAGGAGAGGAGAAGAAGAGAAGAAGAGGAAGAAAAUAGAAGACAGAGAGAAGAACGAGACCGACGGGAAGAAGAGGAACGACAGAGGAACAGAUACGAAGACACAAACAGGUUCGGAUCCCCCGCGCCGGACGCAUCGUCGGACCAAGUCAGAGACACAGAGUCAGCCAGACAGAGGAGGAGAGAUGAGAGGAAUCAGUUACUGAAAGACCUAGAGGAUGCAAAGCUGUCGAGGCAGGACCAAGAGAAGGAGCGAGAGGAGUUGGUGAAGAAGGCCAAGAGUAUGCAGCACAAAACUACCAACAGGAGAAAUGAAGCACGAGAUAUGUGGAAGAAGAAAUAUUUUGAGGAGAAGAAGAAAACAGCGCCCCUGGAGGAAUCCAGCAGCCGGUUACGUCAAGACCUCGAAGCCUUACAUCGCAGACUCAUGAACACACUGGAGGGGCCCAAGGAGAAAAACCUCAAGAUUGUGGACAAUAAACCUUCAAGGAAGAGCAACUAUGUAAUCCAAUGCACGAGACUGCAACAUGAGAUAGAGGACCUUCAGCGGAGAGUAGAGAAUGCUAGAAUGAAACUAACUGCUGAGAUGAAGCUUCGUAACCAGGCCCAGGGUGAACUGCGAGCUCUGAGGGCCGAACUGACGCAGAAGAAGACGACCUUGACAUCGUCCAGACAGCAGGCACCGCCCAUCUUGGUACAUCACAAGGAACCCUUUGGUGGGAAAGAAAAUGAGCCACCAGUAUAUAUGUCACACAGAAUCAAUGCGUCUCUAAAUAGCUUUUGAAAACACUGCACUGUACCAACGCAUUUUUAAAAGGAUUUUUGUAGAAAUGUGACAUCUUUGGGUAACUGUAAAGUAUAACCCUACCCUAU